UUGGUUAUAGUUAGCCAUUUGUUUAGCUGUGGUAUGGGGCGAUAUGAUUAUAAUACUUUGUGGUUAAGCGAGUUUCAUCCGGUUCUUAUAAGGAUGAUGUCUUCGCAUGCAGCGUAUCCUGUACCGUAUAGUGGAUCGAGGUGAGUCUCAAGUUCGACUAACUCCAAACUCAAUUACCGAGCUGAACCCGACAAACUGAGUACAAUCAAAAUUGAAUAAACGGAUAUUAACUUAUUAAAAUUCAUAAGCGGCAUCAAAACUUCUAAACACGCUUUUAAUGAGCGAAUGGGACAACUCUAGGGUACUUUAUUCACUGAGUUAGUUAGUUCUCCAUUGUUCCCACUUUUGAAAACCGGCUAUUCGAUCUUCCCACGCAAGCGAAAAAUAUCGUUCGACUAAUUGAGAAAAAGAACAAGAAGAUUGUUAGUAGAUUAAAUUUUCCAAUCUUUUAUCAAUCUUGUAAAACGGAACAGCUUCUAACAAACUAUAUCAAUAUAGUAAACACUGUACAUGCAGUGUAGCAGAGUUCUACUGCGCAUGUUAACAGAGUGAUAUAAAGCCGUCAUGCCGCACUCCAGAACAUUUAUUGAGAUAAAUUUCUUGCAAUUAUUUUAAUAAUUUCAACAUAAGUCACUGAUCAUUUGUUAUUUUCUUCUUCCAAUUAAUAGCUACUCUGUUGCAAUGAUUCAACUUUGAAUACGAAACCGCUGUCUUGCGCUCCAUUCCUCAUUUCAUGACACGAGUCAGGUGAAGAGGCACCUGUCGUCUUAGUGCACCUGUGGUGGAAGUCUUGCUUGCAUCUGAACAAGAAGCUCUCUCAGCGGCAUGUUGUGUUGCAAUACGCCGAACAUGGAAGUCUUGCUUGCAUAUCUGAACAAGAAGCUCUCUCAGUGGCAGGGUUGUGUUGCAACACACCGAACAUGGAAGUCUUGCUUGCAUAUCUGAACAAGAAGCUCUCUCAGUGGCAGGGUUGUGUUGCAACACGCCGAACAUGGAAGUCUUGCUUGCAUAUCUGAACAUGAAUCUCUCUCAGUGGCAGGGUUGUGUUGCAACAGGCCGAACAUGGAAGUCUUGCUUGUAUAUCUGAACAUGAAUCUCUCUCAUUGGCAGGUUGUGUUGCAACAGGCCGACCGUUAAAUCUUGCUUGGUUACCAGAACAUGAAUCUCUCUCAGUCUCAGAAGCUCUAUCACAAGACAUAAUUGAAAAAUGUGUCGGUAACUACCGAAGCUCAUUCAAGAAAAAAUUUUAUUGAACCCAAAAGCAUGGUUGGUGACUUCGUUCUUCUGCCAACAAUUUAAGAUAGUUAAUAAAAUUUUCAAGGAAAUGACGAAUGGGAAAUUGAAAAACCAGCAUCGAGAACAGUUUCAAAGAAAUGGUAAAACAACGUUCAAAUUGUUCUAAACUUGGAAAUUUAACAAUAACUAAGCUUCCUAAAGUAUAUUAAUUCAAGUAAAAAUCUUUGCAUGAUAAAUAUUGCGUGAAACUCUCUAUUUCGCCUGUUACUUGAAACAUUUUAUCGAUUGCGAUUGGGUUUGAUUUAUUUCAAAAGAAUACAUUGCUGAUUACAUUUUUACAAAAAAUAUACAUUGAUUAAGGCUGCCAGCUGGGCAUUCUGUGCUCAGAGCUGAUGAACACAGCGAAAGCGUUGAAUGGAAGCGAACUUAUUCGUUAAUUUUUGCUUCUGCGUACAAAUAUUACGGGAAAACCCUCUCAACGUCAGAAAUAGAAUUACAUAAAUUUGUCUGUAAUUUCAUUGCUACUAUCUAUGUAGAAAUAGAAUUGUGUUAAUAACAGAUAGGCAAUCUUUUAUCAAUUUAAUCCACACGAAUAAUAUUAAUCUGCAAACAUAUCCUGAAACCGACGUACGUUUGAAAAUUUCUACAGGUAUAAGAUAGUUUGUAUAAAUCAAAGGUUUCAAUCAUUCCCACACUGUAUAGUUUCCACAGAGUUGAAAUUAAACUAAGUUCCAGGGACGCAUGUAACAUUUUGGAGGAAUGGACUCUGCCAAGUUACUGUACGUCCUCGUUGGAGUUCUCGUGUUCUCUCUCACGUACGAGAUGUACCAAGAAAAAUUCAAAAUUCUGAGUCAUCCACACCAGCUUACACUUCAAGCUUAUUCAGAAAUUCCUUCUCUUAUAAAGACAAAAGAAAUUUUGAAGAAUUCAAUGGAUUCCGAAAUUUUAGUUGGUGGCAUAUAUACGGCAAGCAAAGAAUUGCAGGCCACGCCAGGUCUGGAGCUUCUGCUGCAUCAUGUCGAGGAGUUCAGAAAUGGGUCUUUAGAUGAUGUCGGACGGGAGGCGUUGUACGCGGAGAGGCGGGCGCGACUCGAGCGCGUCUGCCACGAGCAUCGCAACCAGACGUCGUUUGGGGGCGUCGCGGCGGCUCCCAGAGCGCAGCUGCGGUGGCUCAACCGGGAACGGCUCGUAGUCUGCUUCUCAGCUAAGGUUGGCACGACCUCGUGGUGCCAUUACCUUCUGAAACACGCCUUCCCUAACGCUUCGUACUUCAAUACAAGCAACGCUAAAGUUCACCUGAUCGCUCUACGGCAGUUGGUAUCUCAGCCGCAGAGGCAAGAGAAGCAAUUUUGUGAAAACCCCUUACCAGUGCUUGACAUUCUGCAACAACUCGCGAGCUACACGAAGGUUGUUAACGUGCGUCACCCGUUCGCACGGCUGGUGUCUGCUUACCGCGACAAAAUCGAGCCUUGCCCCACCGAUCCGCCAUUUACGCAGGACUUUUCCAUCACAUGCUUCAGGAUGAGCACCCGCGAACUGAUAAGAACUCUUCCUCCACUACCAAGAAUGGUGGAUUUCAAGGAUUUUGUCCAGUUUUUGAUCGACAAAAUCAAAGUUCCGGUCGUUGCUGACAGAAGUUCGUUCAACUCUUAUGACGUUCACUGGCGUCCGUAUUUCGUCAACUGCGGAGUGUGUGAUCUGAGUUACAAAUACAUCAUUAAAAUGGAAACAUGGAACGAGGAUCUCAGGUACCUGUUGCCGAAGUUCAACAUCGGGGAUGAGGUGCACGGCAACGCGUUGAACUCGGCCAACGCGUCAUAUCGAUACUUCAAGACGUUACCCAGGCCGCUCAUCCUGCAGCUCUACGAGAUCUACAAGAUCGACUUCGAAAUGUUCGACUAUUCUUUGGAUGAAUAUCUGCACUGAUGUAUGAUUUGGAAAUCAUGGAUCCGUGUGCUAGCUGCUCGCCAUGUAAUUG